CCUAUCCCUCAAGGGGUAAACAUUGCUGAAUGCAGCUGGUAUUUAAUUGAAAGAGUCCAUUUGGAAUGAUAUGGACAAGUCAAAGGAGGAAGCAGAGGCAAAUGAUGUAGGUGCGAAUGUUCUAUCUAGAACGAGGGAGUGUGAUUCUGGUGAACCAUCAAUGAGAAAGUGUACAUCUACCAGUCAUGAGUUGCCAGAGGGAUCAACUUCUGCCAGUUCAGGGAUGUUGGAGACUGAUGGUAUGAACAGAAAUGUAACGUCCAUGAAGGGGCCUCAGCUCCACGGUACAAGCUCUUCCUCAAGGCUCACAAUUGAAAAGUUGUGUAAUUACAAAAUUUCUGAGCCAGCUUCUCUUAGAUGCUCCAAUAAUCAAGAAACCAAUCAGAAACCACAAAUUCAGUGGCAACGUUUCUAUCAAUUGGGGUCUGGCUCUAGAAGUGUGAAGAGGGAUGGAGAUCCUUCAUCCACGGACAAGGCUGUUCAGCAAUUAAGUUCCAAAGAGUUGCCAGGAAUAAAUUUACUCGCGCUGAAAAUGCUGAAACAAGCAUCCGACAAAGAUAUCAAAGAAGGCUCUAAUGCAGUGUCUUCCCAAUCAACAGAAGACCAUAACCUAAUUAUUCCAAGCAAUAGAUUCCUUCCGGGAAGUAGUCAAUCAAAACUUUUAUCCACUUCUAGCUUUUCUCAUUUUUUUGCUAACCGAUCUCUUAAAGGCAAAGAUGUUUUACCAAAAGGACCUGCACUUCAUAAAGAAGUUCAUACUGCCUCUACUCUGCAGAAUAAGAAUGAGUUCGAGCAAGCUUUCACAGGAAUGGUAUCAUCUGAUGCAUUGUUUAAGCAAGGUGCUAAUUCUAAUCAAGCAUCUUUUAGUCGUAGCGAUCACCAAAGACCCACUUCAACUUACAAUGGAGUUACCUUAAGAGAGUGGUUAAACUCGACAGGAUCACAGAUUAACAAAGCUGAGAGGAUUCACAUAUUCCAGCAGAUAGUGAAGUUAAUUGAUAUUGCCCACUCUGAAGGAAAUGCAUUCCAGGAUAUACGGCCUUCCUGUUUUAUUUUACUGUCACCUAAUGGUGUUAAGUAUAUUGGUCCAUCUGUCCAGAUAGACUCCAUGUAUGCCGUGAGCCGGAAUACUAAUGGGAAAAGGCUAUCCCACUUGGAAAUGCAUGCUAAUAGUAACUUGGGUUCAAAGCUGCAGAAGGUCAAUGUGGAUGUGGACUUUAUGAGACAGCAGCUUGAAACCAAUGCUCGUUCUUCUCGUGAUGAAGGCACAUCAUUUCAGGCAGGGUGUCUACUGGAGUCUGACAUUAAUCAAUUAGAGAAGAAGUGGUACACUUGUCCUGAAGAACUCAAUCACGAAAGCCUAGCAUCAUCUAAUAUCUACAGUCUCGGGGUUCUUUUCUUUGAGUUGCUCUGCUGUUUUGAAUCACCUGCGGCACAUUCCACAGCCAUGUUGAAUUUGCAAAGUCGCAUUCUCCCUCCAAAUUUCCUUUGUCAAAAUCCCAAGGAAGUUGGCUUUUGCUUUUUGCUGCUUCAUCCUGUGCCUUCUUCUCGUCCAACAACAAGGGAAAUCUUACAGUCUGAAUUAAUUAUUGGAGCUGAAGAAGUAUGUAAAAUAGAUGGUGUCCCAUCAUUUAUUGAGAAGGGUGAUGACCCUGAUUCAGACGUCUUGCUCUAUUUCCUAGAUUCAUUGCAGGAGGAAAAAAAGAAUAAUACCUCCGAGUUAUUACAAAGAAUAGAGUGCCUAGAGGCUGAUAUCAAGGAUGUUGAGAAAAGGGAGGUCCUUAGAAAUUCAGAUUGGGUGGAAACUGACUUCAAUAAUAUGCGGCAAGGAUCCUACUUAAAGCAUCUCAAUUCGACUGACUCUAUUUCUAGAUCGUUUUCUAUUCCAAAUAUGAGCAAUGAAAAGCUGAUAAAGAAUAUUUCUCAGCUUGAAAGUGCAUACUUCUGCAUGAGGUCCCAAAUCCAACUUGCCGAAAAUGAUACAAUAGGUCGAACAGACACGGAUUUGUUGACGAGUCGUGACAGAUUGUUCCAGGUUUCAACAAAAGAGGCAGAGCCAAUUCUAAAAUCUGUUGAUCGUGUUGGAGCCUUCUUUGAAGGUAUUUGUAAAUAUGCUCGCUACUGCAAGUUUGAGGAAUAUGGGACAUUAAGAAAUGGUGAUCUUCUCAACUCUACAAAUGUGAUCUGCUCCCUCUGUUUUGAUUAUGAAGAGGACUUUAUAGCUGCAGCUGGUGUCUCAAAGAAAAUCAAAAUCUUUGAAUUUGCUUCACUUUUGAAUGAAUCGACGGAUCUUCAAUAUCCUGUGGCUGAGAUGUCAAACAGAUCUAAGCUUAGCUGUGUUUCGUGGAAUAAAUAUAUGAGGAACUAUCUGGCUUCAACUGACUAUGAUGGCGUAGUCAAGAUGUGGGAUGCAAGCACAGGUCAAGAAUUUUCACAACAUACAGAGCACCAGAAGAGGGCUUGGUCUGUUGAUUUUUCUCAAGUGGAACCAACAAAGUUUGCCACUGGAAGUGAUGAUUGUUCUGUAAAAGUGUGGAAUAUUAAUGAGAGGAGUUCUGUGGAUACGAUCUGGAAUCCUGCCAACAUAUGCUGUGUGCAGUUUUCUGCUUACUCCUCUCAUCUGUUGGCUUUCGGAUCUGCUGAUUACAAAAUUUACUGCUAUGAUCUUCGCCAUACUAGGAUUCCAUGGUGCACAUUAUCUGGACAUGAGAAGGCUGUUAGCUAUGUAAAAUUCUUAGAUUAUGGUACCCUGGUUUCUGCAUCCACAGAUAACACGCUAAAGCUAUGGGACCUAAAGAGAACAAGUUUGGAAGGAUUGUCCUCAAAUGCUUGCAGCUUGACAUUCAAGGGACACACCAAUGAAAAGAACUUUGUGGGGUUGUCAGUUUUGGAUGGGUACAUUGCAUGUGGUUCUGAAUCUAAUGAGGUAUAUGCUUAUCAUAGAUCUCUACCAAUGCAAAUAGCCUCUUACAAAUUUGGAUCUGUUGAUCCUAGCUCUGGCAAUGAUGGUGAGAGUAAUGGGCAAUUUGUUUCAAGUGUUUGCUGGAGAAGGAAAUCUAAUAUGGUUGUUGCAGCAAACUCAACUGGAUGUAUAAAGCUGUUACGUUUGGUAUGAAUUAAAGCUCAUCAUCCUUAUCUUCUGAAUCUGUACCAUGCUGGCAGACUUGUUUUGUACACCUAGCUUCAGCUGGAAUAGAGAAAAAUUAAGGAUUGAUAAAUCUAGGUGUCGAACAUUGAAGCUGAAUUUGUAGUCAUGGCUAAAUGGAAUGGACUUCAGAAUAGGAGACAGCACUAAUGUAGUCCUCGCCUGUCUCGUGAGUUCUUCAGGAUAAAU